ACGUGUGUGACCUUUAGCGCCGGAAACAGUCCGUGUAAACACCCGCUCGCACUUGGAGGUGAAAGCUGCGUGCCCUCCCAUGUAACUCCCCAAAAAGACAAAAAUGUCCAAAAAUACGAGGAUGGCGUUAGUAUUCGGGGGGUUCGUGGCGGCGGUUGGCGCCGCGUUUUACCCCAUAUUUUUCUACCCGUUGUCGCAUAAAGACGAGUACAGACAGGUCCAACGGACGAACCGGGCCGGAAUCAACCAGGCAGAGAUCCAACCUGUGGGUGUGAAGAUCUGGUCUGAUCCGUUCAAACCUACAGAAAAAUGAAUGGCAGUGACAACGGCUGAUUCCAGACACCGAUGCCGACGGCGAAUGCCUUAUUUGAUGAGUGCUUGAUGUGCGCGUGAGUGAAUGAAUGAUUUUCCAGAAUGUGUUUGAAUUGAUUGCAUGUCCUAUAAAUAAAAUGUAAAGUUUAAAAAAGGCUUAAAUAUGAUUUAAUUAAAAGACUUAUUGAUAUGA